AUAUCCUUCUACAUAUAUUCACAAUUUGUAGGUAGUACAAGAACUGAAAAAUAAUUUUUGGUUGCCAGUAUACCUGUAGUCGUUGCACUGAUCAGUCGAUAGUUUUGUGAUAAAUUAUUUCUCAAGUGAAUUAAAUUAUUAACCAUGGGACGUGAUUCUAGAAAGGUUUCAAGAGAACUUCGGAGUUCUGAAAAAAUUAAUAAGUCGCGUUCAGUCAAAAGAAAGAAUGUUUUUAAUCCGAAAACAGCCGAACGUGAUGAAAGUAUUCAGAGUACAUCUUCUAAAAAAUUAAAACAAAACACUGAAGAUGAUGUACCUGAAGACAGCAGUACUGAAUUUCGAAUAAUAAAUUUUAUUCAGGUAUUCACUGCAAUUUCUGCUCUUAUAAAAUGUAAAAAAUGUGAUGGAAAUGUAGUGUUUCAAACAGCAAGUACACGUGGGCUGGGAUUCAAAAUUGUAGUUGCAUGUAAUAACUGUGGAAAUGAAUAUAUUCCUUCCUGUUCUUUCGUUGGGCAUUCUUAUGAAAUAAACAGACGUUUCAUUUUUGUAAUGAGAAUACUAGGAAUAGGAUACGAAGGAUUGUGCAAGUUUUGCGGCCUGAUGGACAUGCCGUCUUUUUUAGAUAAAUCUACGCAUACAAUUUUACUGAAACAGAUUUUGAAUUGUAGUAAAGCCGUCGCAGAAACCUUCAUGACGAAAGCUGUGAAUGAAGAAAAGCAAGCAAUGCCAACAACUGAAAAUGAAGAUAUAAAUCAUCUAACUGUAUCGGGAGAUGGAACCUGGCAAAAACGGGGAUAUACAUCGUCAUUUGGAGUUUCUUCUAUAAUUGGCUAUUUUACUGGAAAGAUUCUUGACAUAAACAUUAAAAGUGCAUAUUGUAAGCUAUGUGAGUAUUGGAAAAAAAAAACAAAUACUGUUGAGUUCGAGGAAUGGUAUCAAUCGCAUGAAGAUGUGUGUUCUGCUAAUCAUCAAGGGUCUUCUGGGAAAAUGGAGGUGGAUGCGAUGGUCGAAAUGUUUUCGUAUUCUGAAACUAAAUAUGGAGUUAAGUAUGCCAACUAUAUUGGUGAUGGUGACUCCAAGACCUAUUCAGGAAUUAUAAAAUCAGAUCCUUACGAAAAUACAACUGUAAAUAAAAAGGAAUGUAUAGGGCAUGUCCAAAAGCGGAUGGGGAGUCGAUUACGUACGCUGAAGAGUAAACAAAAAGGUCUUGGUGGUCGAGGUAAGCUCACAGGAAAAUUAAUAGACAAACUAACUGUGUACUAUGGUUUAGCAAUACGCCGGCAUUGUGAUUCUAUUGAAAAUAUGAAAUCUGCUAUAAUGGCAACCUUUUAUCACUACGGCUCGAGUGAUGAAAAACCGAAUCAUGAUAUGUGUCCAAAAGGCGAAGAAUCUUGGUGCUCUUACCAGCGCGCUGAAGCAAGAGGAGAGCUUGAUACCUUUUCUCACGAUUAUUCUCCUUUACCUUCUGAUGUUUUAAAAGCUAUCAAGCCUAUAUACGAAGAUCUUAGUAAUGAAAAUUUACUUUCAAGAUGUGUAGGUGGAUUCAAUCAGAAUAAUAAUGAAAGCUUUAACCAACUAGUAUGGAAAAUAUGCCCAAAAACGGUAAAUACUAGUUUUACUAUCGUACAAAUAGCUGCAUACGUUGCUAUGUGUAUAUUUAAUGAGGGUAUAAAUUCAUUAUUAGUCUUGAUGAAUACACUUGGACUUAAUUGUGGGCCUAAUUCUCAUCGGUAUGCAGAAAGAAUGGAUGCUGCACGUAUCAAAGUAGCAGAUAAGCGCGCUAAUGAUAACACCCGAGAAGGUCGAUUGCAACGUAGGCACCAGCAAAUCGAUAUUUUGGAAGCUGCUAUGUCGGCUGAAGAGCUAUUAUAUGGUCCAGGAAUAGAUGACUCAGUAUGAAUCUCCAAGGACUUAUGAUGAUCACCGCAAAGGACUUCGGGAGGAACGGGCUCUACAAAAACAGCGAUAACUUUUUGAAUUAUUAAUUUUUUUUUUUGAAAUUUUCGUGAAGUCAAAUCGAAACGUGUUCUAAUAAAGCUAUGUUUUUAUUUUUGUCAAAUAAAGUAAUUAACUACAAAAAAAAAAUUAUUGAAAAUCAU